CCAGCAGUUGGUUCGUCAAAAGGAGCCGAGUGAGACGGGGCUGCCGCGGCCCGCACCACACAGCAGCGAAACAUGGACAUGAAGGGCCAACCCAACCCAAGUCAACCUGGUGGGCCGACACGGAAUAUGCACUCUCAACACCACACACACACACACCUGGUGUGUUGGUAUUUAUCCGACUGAUUCGCAGCAAAGACACCCGGACAGCGUGCUUCUGUCGAGCGGCGCGCCCGGGACACAGUUGACAGGUGAGUUGGCGACGCAUUAGUCACACGAAGGGGCAGAGUUCUCAGUGAUCAUUCUUCUCUCUGUUGGCUGAUUGUUCAUGUGUGUGCAGGAGCUCUCUCCUGACGCACGUCGGCUUUCCGACAACCGGCCUGUCUGAAGACGCGUACGACCACAGGUAUGGAGGCACACUCAACGAAGCACACAUACAGGGAGGGCCCAAACAGACACACAUCCAUCCAUUUGCGUGAUGCAGGCUGGCAAUGGUGCCGGGAACCCAGUCCAGUGUCUCUCAACGGCCCCCGGCAAAGUCCUUUCGCAAGAUGACACCAGAAAGCGCGAGGGAGUCACAGUCCACUCGAACAUCCUGAGAGAGACAGUGGAGAGCCAUCGAAGCCGACACCGAUUGUACUGUACACGUUUGUAUGGCUGCGAAUGCCCACAAUAGAAGUGUCAGCUGGCCAUCUCCCUCUGCCUUCCUCCCAGCCCCCAUCUGGUGGCAGGACUUGUCGUCUCUCUAUUGCCCUUCGCUGUCUCCCGCCCUCUGUCCGGCUGCCUGCAUCUCGGGGGCUGUUGUCUGUCUGGCUGUCUGGCCGUGUGGCGAGAUGAAUGGAUGGAUGGACAGCCAAGGAGGGGAUCGCAUGUGGGGUGCCGCUGAUGGGAUGGGAUGGACGGACGGAUGGUGAAAUGGAUCGAGGGAAAGACAGGCAGUGUGUUGUGGUGCGAUGGAUACGAUACGGGUGCGGGCGACGCGAUGGAACGAUCCGUGUCUCUCGAGUGGUGGAUGCGAUUGAGAUGUGUACGUGUGUGUGACGCUGGCUGGUGCGGUGCAUGUGGGUGGGAAAAGACUCUGUCUG